AUCAUCUCCGUUUAACUGUUUGUAUGUAUUAUCAGAAUUGUAGAGUCUAUGACGAGGGGGUGUAGUAUUAGUUGGAGGAAGAGCCAUUUGACAAGUUGUCGGACACGUUACUGCACAGGUUUCCCUGGGAUUAUUAUCGUCAAGGUUUAUCUUUUUUCUAGUUCACACUUUAUUUAAAUACAAUGGCUAGCCGGUCCAGCUCUAGUCAUGCCAGUAGCCAACCUACCAGUCAACGGCGUGCAUCUGGCAGUACCACAAGCCGUACUACUAAUGGAGUUACUACUUCAGGAGCGGUAGCUUCUGGAGCUGGCACUUCUGCUCUUACUCAAAGCAGUGCUAGGUCAUGUAAUGGAGAUUCUAACAAAAAUGACAGCAAAGAUUACAAGGUCUUAAAAUAUCACAAAGGACUCAGUCCCAGUGCCAAAAGACUCCAGAGAGAGUUAGCAGAAAUCACUGUGGACCCACCUCCAAACUGCAGUGCUGGUCCAAAAGGAGAUAAUCUUUAUGAGUGGGUUUCUACAAUUUUUGGACCAAAGGGUUCUGUUUACGAAGGAGGAGUAUUCUUUCUCGACAUCCACUUUACAAAUGAUUAUCCAUUCAAACCACCUAAGGUGACAUUUCGCACUCGGAUAUACCACUGCAACAUUAACAACCAGGGCGCCAUAUGCUUAGAUAUUCUGAAGGACAACUGGAGUCCAGCACUGACAGUUUCUAAAGUGCUGUUGUCAGUCUGUUCACUUCUUACAGAUUGCAAUCCACGAGAUCCGCUUGUCGGAAGUAUUGCAACCCAGUUUCUCACCAACAGAGAAGAACAUGACAAAACUGCUCGCCAGUGGACCAAGAAAUUUGCCACGUGAACCGCAUUUACUCUCAUAGCUCUGGACCUGUUCGUGUCGAUGCUAGUCAUUCUAUUCUUGACUGUUGCAUCAUCAACAUUCAGUACUUAUUUAGAGAUCAGCCGUUUUUUGAUUACCUCUCUCAACAAACAAAACAAACAAAGCAAGAAAGAACAAAAAAGUCUUUAACAAAAAAUAAUUAAGACAAGCAAAAAAAAAAAAACUUUUAAAAAAAUAUGACUUAAUAAAAAAUGUAUGUAUCUGAGCUGAUAUAAAUUUCUAACUUUACAACCUGCCCCAGGAUUUUAAGAAGAAUAAUUAAUUAAUUAAAUAAAUAAAUAAACACAAAAACAGCCAAAAAAUUUUCCAUGGAAACAACAUAAUAUCUGAAUUAAAAUGAUGUUAAAUAACAAGAAUACUAACUUAAAAUAUUAAAUUUGGAAAGAAAAAUAAAAAUGGGGGAGUGAAAGAAAGAAAGAACCAGAGUAAAAUUCCUAUCAUGGGGUGGGGGGUUGCUAUUUUGGACCUUUUGCAAAAUGGAAAGGACAAGAAUUCCUUUAAAAAUAUGGAAAAAAAAAAAUUACAAAAAAAAAUAUAAAAAAAUACUCUCAAUUGUUGGUAGAAAACUACAACAAUAACCACUAUGUACUUAAA